AUGUUUAUUCCAUCCGCCCAACAGCUCCUCACAACUGGUCUUGCCAUGACCGGUUGCAUGACCCUUAAGAAAGGCGAUGAAGUCUCAUCCGGCAAGAUCCUCGACUUCGCCGUAGAGAAGUGCAUCGAUUCAGACGGCAACCAGCGAUGCACCAAGCCUUUCCUGGUCAGCAAGUCCACAUGCUACAACAUCGAGUGGAGCACCGAGGGCACCAUCAGCCAUACUACUGUUGAGGUCAAGGAUGCAGGAAGUGGAGAGCUGGUUUACUAUCGCGAUACCAAUGGAGAAUGGACUCCUGAGAAGGGCGAGUUGGUCUAUCUCGACUUCAAGCCAAAGGUGUGGAAGACUGGCAAUGAUACUGUCGAGUACAAGGUCACGACUUGCAAGUAA